CUUGGAUGGUUAGUUAGGGUUAAUGGUUUUGAAUAUUGCAGCCAAACCCGACACAACGAGACAACUUCGCGCAAAAGCUGUCUGUCUGCGUAGACAAACACUGACAAAGAUAGAUCUAUGAUAGAUAGCUACUAGUAGUUAGAUAGCCACCAUGGAACGAAUUGAAGCCGAAGCAACUCCCUCAGAAGACUGGCUACAGUCCUUCAAUGCCACUUGCAAUCGAUUAUCUACGCAAUACCUGAGUAUCCUUCGAGCCGCAUCCACAGUGACGGCGUUGGAACAAGGACGGCAAACCGAUCCUCGAUCGGGAGGACACAUGCCCACAGCACAAGAUCCACCUCCUCCGGCAUUGGCGGCAGAUGUCACCAUGAGCUCGGUGCAAUGUCAACUAGCGACAGAGAAUAUAUGUGUGGCCACAUCGCAACUACUCAGUCUCAUUCGGACAUUGCGUCUCUCCCUGUUGUUGAUGGAUCAAGAAAUGAUGGACGCCGAAGAAGAAUGGCAAGUACUAGAAGCACAAGCCAGGACGCAGGCGGCCCAACGAGAAGCAGUGGCAUUGGAACAAGAGUUGAUUGCGCUGCGGAAUAGUCAGUUGCAAUAGAAACAACAUGAAAAAAGAACAAGAACAAACCCGACUAUUUACUGUGGUACAGACAAACAUAUGCAUAAAUGAUCCAAGAGGCCAAAACCAACGGAUAAUCAAUCAGCACUACAGAUAGCCACCUCAGCAGUAGAACUCCAAAGUUUUGCAAAUCUAACGAGAGGGUAAUCUUAUUCCUUUUACAUGAAAAAAUUUGACAAAAAUUUGAUGACGAAUGGUGGGU